CUAUAUGCUGGUUAACAUUGGUGGAGUAUUCCACAAGCUGGAUUCUAUUUUUACAAAGUGUUGCAUGUGCCAAGGGAUGCCAAAUUUACACUAAAAGCAAUAUGAUGGGGUUGUAAGAUACCUUGAGGCUUGAACUGAACGUACUUAACUAUUACAUUACUGGUUUUAAUUUGGAGGUUCAUGGUUUCUUUUGACUAUAAAUAGAGAGACAGGGAGUGUCAAUAAGCACCAAUUCAAUAUAUAGAUAAGAUAACAAUUGAGUAUAACUUUUUACAACAUAGCAGUUCAAAAUUUUUCGAGUUUCUUCUAGUCUGGGCUGCAAUGGCUCAGUCGAUGGUUUGUCAUGUUAUGUUAGUUGUGAUAUUCAUACUGGUGGCUCUUGCUGAGGCACAAACUCCACCAGGAAUUAACAACCCUAGCCAUGCAACUUGUAAGGACCCGAGUUACAAAGAAUGUCAUAAUUUGGUGCAUGUUUGUCCUAAGUUUUGUCCAGAUAGCUGCACUGUUAAUUGUCAAUCGUGCAAACCUGUUUGUGGUGGCGACAUUGCACCAUCACCACCAGUGUACACACCUCCAACACCAACAUUGAAACCCCCAACACCAUCGUCACCACCUCCCACCACACCUUCACCACCAACAGCGUCCACACCACCAACCUCUCCUUCUCCACCGAUAGAGCCCACACCUCCAACACCAACACCGUCAUCAUCACCACCUCCACCAACCCCUUCACCACCAACUCCCUCCUCACCACCUCCAACCACCCCUUCUCCACCAACAGAAUACACACCUACGACACCAACACCAUCCUCACCACCCCACACCACCACCCCUUCAUCACCAACAGAGUCCACACCACCAACACCAACAACAUCCAUACCACCACCCACCACCCCUUCACCACCAAUAGAGUCCACACCUCCAACAUCAACGCCAUCCACACCACCUCCCACCACCCCUUCACCACCGAUAUCCACAACUCCAACACCAACACCAUCCUCACCAACUCCCACAUCCCUUUCACCACCACCAGAGUCCACACCUACAACACCAACUUCAUCCACACCAUCUCCCACCACCCCUUCACCACCGACAUCCACAACUCCAACACCAACACCAUCCUCACCAGCUCCCACCUACCCUUCACCACCAAUAGAGUCCACACCUACAACACCAAGUCCAUCCACUCCACCUCCCACCACCCCUUCACCAACAACAGGGUCCACACCUCCAGCACAAACACCAUCCACACCACCUCCCACCACCCCUUCACCAACAACAGGGUCCACACCUCCAACACCAACACCAUCCUCACACGUGCCUCCUACAUGGUCUGCUCCACCUUCUAAAACAAAAAAAGUUAAAUGCAAAAACCAAAACUACCCAAAUUGCUACGCCUCCGAACAUGUCUGCCCUGCUUCUUGUCCUGGUCAAUGUGAAGUUGAUUGUGUUACUUGCAAGCCAGUUUGCAAUUGUGAUAUGCCUGGAGCAGUGUGUCAAGAUCCUCGUUUCAUUGGUGGUGAUGGCAUCACUUUCUACUUCCAUGGAAAGAAGGAUCAAGAUUUCUGCCUUGUUGCCGAUAACAACCUCCACAUCAAUGGCCACUUCAUUGGCAAGAGAAACAGAAACAUGGGGAGAGACUUUACUUGGGUCCAAUCUAUUGGGAUUCUUUUCGACAACCACAAAGUACAACUCAGUGCGCAAAAGACUUCUUCUUGGGAUGACACCAUUGAUCGAAUCUCUGUUACAUUUGAUGGGGAAAACAUCUUUCUCCCAAAAACCGAAGGUGCCAAAUGGCAAUCUUCUACGACAUCAAUCACUAGGAUUGAUGACAACAAUCAUAUCAUUGUUGAAGUUGAAAACCUCUUCAGGAUCACAGCCAAAGUGGUUCCCAUAACAAAAGAAGAAUCAAGAAUCCAUAAGUAUGAUAUAACCAGUGACGAUUGCUUUGCCCAUCUCGAUCUGAAGUUCAAGUUCUUCUCCUUGAGUAACGAAGUGGAUGGAGUUCUUGGACAAACUUAUAGGAAUGACUAUGUGAGCAAGGUGAAGAUGGGGGUAUUAAUGUCUGUGAUGGGAGGAGAUAGUAAGUUUGUGAGUACCAAUUCAUUUGCAACUGAUUGUUCUGUUGCUAAAUUUAAGGGUAGCCAGGAAGACAGUUCUUCGUUGAACUUGCAGUUGCCAAGCUUGAGUUGCCAAAGCGGUAUAGAAGGGCGAGGCGUCGUAUGCAAGAGAUAGACUUUUCUUGUUCUUGAUAUUACAAUACUUAUAUAUUUACUAUGUCGUUUGAUGGUGUAAUAAAAAAUUAAUAAUAAAAUGAAGGAACCUUUUCCAAGA